AUGAGUGCUCUUUAUCAAAUUGAUAAGUUAGAGGAGACGAACUAUGACACAUGGAAAAUACAGAUGCGAUCUGUAUUGGUGCAUUCCGGUUUGUGGAGUGUUACGUCUGGAGAGCUAACUGAAACAAAUGUUCCAGAAGGACAACAGUUUGCGGCCUUGGACAGUAAGGCGUUGGCAACAAUAACAUUGAGUGUAAAGUCAUCUCAAUUGACCUACAUCAAGAAUUGCUUGACGGCUGUGGAGGCAUGGACCAAGUUGAAGGAGGUUCAUCAACCAAGCGGACCUGUACGAAAGGUACAGUUGUACAAGAAAUUGCUUAAUAAACGGAUGGAGCAAGGGCAGAGUAUGACGACCUACAUAAGUGAAUUUGUGGAAAUUCUGGAUGGUCUAACUGGAGUUGGAAUAGAGCUAAACGACGAACUUCGCACUAUCGUUUUGCUAUCAAGCCUUCCAGAGCAAUUUGAACAUUUCGUGGUCGCUAUGGAGACACGAGAUAAGUUACCUUCGUUCGAAAUUCUCACCAUAAAGUUAAAGGAGGAGAGCGAAAGAAAAGGAAUAGCAGAUGAACGAGUCGACACUAAGGCAUUCGCUGCAACGCAGAAACACAACUCACAGACAAAAACCUAUGGGCAGAAGAAAAGAAAGAAUAUCGUUUGUUUCAAGUGUGGUGAACAAGGACACAUUAAGUCCCAGUGUCAAAAUGAGGGUGAGGGAGAUCACCGCAUGGCAUCAAGAAAUGUGGCGAAUCGCCAAAGCAGCCUUUUGCACGCCUGUGACGUCAACAACAUUGACAAUUCAACAUGGUGUUUGGAUAGUGGCGCAACAAGCCAUAUGUGUUGCGAAAGAGAGCUAUUCACAAAGUUUGAGAAACACACUGAACAGAUCGGACUUGCCAAUGCUGGUUUCCUUCAAGCAGAAGGUAUAGGUGACGUCAAGAUACAGACAGGCCAGUGCAUGUUGACACUAAAAAAUGUUCUUUACGUUCCGAAGAUGACCGGAAAUUUCUAUUCCGUGAGCAGUGCUGUCCAGAACAGAUGCAAGGUGACCUUUGACUUAGAGAAUGCCAAGGUGAUGCAAGAUGGAGAAUGCAUAGUAAAAGCCAAAAAGAUUGGCAACUUGUAUUUGUUUGUGGGUGGUCGCAGCAAAUGUUUUGCCAUGUCAGCUGUAGAUGGGAUUUUGCUACACAAGAGAUAUGGACAUAUUAAUUUCUCUAGCUUGAAAGAGAUGGUAUCCAAAGGGAUAGUUCGAGGGAUAGAUAAUAUUCGGUUGCCAGAGAAUAUUAGUUGCAAAACGUGUAUGGUUAGCAAAAUCCAUGUUCAACCCUUUCCAUCAGCAACAAGUAAUCGGGCCAAGGAGAUUUUAGAUCUAGUACAUGCAGAUGUUUGUGGACCUUUCCCAACAUUGUCCCUCGGAGGUUCCAAGUAUUUUUUGACGUUCAUUGACGAUAAGUCCAGAAGGAUUUUUGUUUACUUCCUGCGUGGGAAGAAUGAGGUGCUACCCAAAUUCGUCGAUUUCAAGAACCUGGUGGAGCGACAGACAGGAAGAAGACUUAAAUGCCUGCGGAGUGAUAAUGGCGGAGAAUUUGUCAAUAAACAGUUUGACGAAUGUCUGAGGCAGCAUGGAAUCGACAGACAGCUAACAAUAGCGUAUACUCCCCAGCAAAAUGGAGUUGCGGAACGGGCAAAUCGUACGCUAGUGGAGAUGUCAAGAUGCCUUCUGGUCCAGGCGGGACUGGGAGAUCAGUUUUGGGCAGAAGCUGUCAACACUUCGGUUUAUUUGCGAAACCGCUCCCCUACUAGCGCAUUAGAGAUUGCUCUGGACAAGGGUCCGAGGAAGGGCAGCAAAUUUCAACCUAAAGGCAAAGAGUACAUUAUGGUUGGGUACUCUGUGGCAGCAAAAGGUUAUCGACUAUAUGAUCCAUCAACUCGGCAAUUGGUCGAGAAACGAGAUGUGUUAUUUGAUGAACAUCAUGACGUGGCAUCCAAGGGUGAUGCUGUGACGAUCAAUCUGGAGGAACUGGAGGAGGCCCACCAGCAGCAGGGACCCGGAGAUGCAGAAAUCGUUUCUGACUUAUCCAUCGACGCCGGCAGCUCCGAUGAGAGUACAGAUCAGUACGAGAGUGCCGAAGAAAAAAGUGAGCAUGUCGUGGAGGAGGCACGCAGGGGCCCCGGUCGUCCUAAGAUCAUUCGGAGUGGAAAACCUGGACGCCCAAAGAAGCAGUACAAUAUACUAGGCGCCCUUGUUUCGGAAAAUGUUCCGAUUCCAUUAACUUGCAAAGAGGCGCUGAAGAGUAAAUAUGCAAAGGAGUGGCGUGAAGCCAUGGAAAGAGAACAUGAUUCUCUAGUUGCCAACCAGACUUGGGAAAUCACUGAUUUACCCAAAAAUCAGCGAGCAAUUGGAUGCAAGUGGGUAUUCAACGUGAAGCGUGAUAAAGAUGGCCAAAUAGAACGUUUCAAGGCUCGACUGGUAGCAAAAGGAUGCUCCCAGCAGUUUGGCGUAAAUUACCUAGAAACAUAUUCGCCGGUAUGCCGAUUGGAGAGUGUGCGCUUUAUUAUAGCACUGGCGGCUGAGCUCAAGCUACAUCUUCAUCAAAUGGAUGUAUGCACCGCGUAUCUUAACAGUGAUCUGAGUGAGACGGUCUACAUGAAGCAGCCGGAAGGGUACUCAGAUGAAACAAAUCCUGACAAGGUAUUGCUUCUGAAAAGAGCAAUAUAUGGUUUAAAGCAAUCCGGAAGGGCCUGGAACGAGAAGCUAAAUGGCGUGUUAACUAAUAUGGGAUUCGUUGCCUGUGAUAACGAGCCAUCCAGCCAAUCGCACGAGGAUUUGCUAAAAAUCAAGAGCGGCAUCUCACGAUCAUUCGAGUGCGUUGACAAGGGUCAACUUAACCAUUUCCUGGGCAUGGAAAUCGAACGGGACGGUGGUCCGAUUUCUUGGCGUUCGGAAAAGCAGCGAAGUGUGGCGUUGAGCAGUACCGAGGCGGAGUACAUGGCACUAUCGGCGGCAUUUAAGGAGGCGAUAGUCAUGCGAAGGCUGAUUAUGGAAAUUGGUUGCGGAGACAACGACACCCCGAUCGUCGUUUAUGGGGAUAAUCUGAGGAUGCAGCUCGCGACUAAGAAUGACGCUAUUAACAUUGCUAUUGUGCGCGGUCAUUCAAAAUUGAACGACACUUCCAAUAAUGAGGUCGGAGGUACACGGGUUUUUGUUGGAGUUUUGAAAGAUUCUCCAAACUCUGCUGACCUUAAAGCCCAUAUGGCAGAUCAAUUUUUCAGCAACGAUAAACACCUUGGAAAGAAGUAUCAUACGUAUUCGGCCAUUUGGAAAAAUGAUAGUAUAACAUUCAAGUUGAAUGGCAAGACCUAUGCUGUUUUCGACCAUGAGGAAACAAUGGCCCAAAUAGAUAUGCAUGAAGAGGUAAUUAAUCUAAAUUGGGCAUCUAAGAUUGUUUAA